UCACCGGCACCAUGACGAACAACGUGGCCGACCACCACCCCGGCAACUCGGUCGCCGAAGGCAACCAUGAGGGGGACUUCGGGUGCUCCAUGGUGGAGCUCAGGAACCUCAUGGAGCUGCGGAGCGCCGAGGCGGUGGCCCGGCUCAACGACUCCUACGGCGGCGUGCAGAACGUCUGCAAGAGGCUCAAGACGUCGCCCGUCGAAGGCCUGUCCGGGAACCCGACCGACCUGGAGAAGAGGCGGCAGGUCUUCGGCCAGAACUUCAUUCCUCCCAAAAAGGCCAAGACGUUCCUGCAGUUAGUGUGGGAGGCACUCCAGGACGUCACACUGAUCAUCUUGGAAAUCGCAGCCAUAAUCUCCUUGGGCCUGUCCUUCUACCACCCCCCGGGUGGGGACAAUGAACUGUGCGGGCAGUCGACGGGCGGCGUGGAGGACGAGGGCGAGGCGCAGGCCGGCUGGAUCGAGGGGGCAGCCAUCCUGUUCUCCGUGAUCAUCGUGGUGCUGGUGACCGCCUUCAACGACUGGAGCAAGGAGAAGCAAUUCCGGGGCCUCCAGAGCCGCAUCGAGCAGGAGCAGAAGUUCACGGUGAUCCGCAAGGGGCAGGUGAUCCAGAUCCCGGUGGCCGAGAUCGUGGUGGGAGACAUCGCGCAGAUCAAGUACGGCGAUCUCUUGCCAGCGGACGGGAUCCUGAUCCAGGGCAAUGACCUGAAAAUAGAUGAGAGCUCACUGACUGGGGAGUCAGACCAAGUCAAGAAAUCCAUGGACAAAGACCCCAUGCUGCUCUCAGGUACCCACGUGAUGGAGGGCUCUGGCAGGAUGGUGGUGACUGCCGUGGGUAUCAACUCCCAGACAGGAAUCAUCUUCACUCUCCUGGGCGCGGGAGAAGGAGACGAGGAGAAGAAAGUGAAGAAAGGUAAAAAAAGUGGAGCCCCCGAAAACCGCAACAAAGCUAAAACUCAGGAUGGUGUGGCCUUAGAAAUUCAGCCCCUGAAGAGCCAGGAAGGGGUGGAAAAUGAGGAGAAGGAGAAGAAGAAGGUGAAGGUGCCCAAGAAGGAGAAGUCUGUGCUGCAAGGGAAGCUCACGCGCCUGGCGGUGCAGAUUGGGAAGGCAGGGCUGAUCAUGUCAGCCAUCACCGUCAUCAUCCUGGUGCUGUACUUCGUGAUCGACACGUUCGGGGUGCAGAAGCGGCCCUGGCUGGCCGAGUGCACCCCCAUCUACAUCCAGUACUUCGUCAAGUUCUUCAUCAUCGGGGUCACCGUGCUGGUGGUGGCCGUGCCCGAGGGGCUCCCGCUGGCCGUCACCAUCUCCCUGGCCUACUCCGUGAAGAAAAUGAUGAAGGACAACAACCUGGUGAGGCACUUGGACGCGUGCGAGACCAUGGGCAACGCCACGGCCAUCUGCUCGGACAAGACGGGCACGCUGACCAUGAACCGCAUGACCGUGGUGCAGGCCUACGUGGGGGACACCCACUACCGCCAGAUCCCCGACCCCGAAGCCAUCCUGCCCCCAAGAAUCCUGGACCUCGAAUCGUCCCCAAACGGCGUCGCCAUCAACUCGGCCUACACGUCCAAAGACCUCCCGCCCGAGAAGGAAGGGGGGCUGCCCCGGCAGGUGGGGAACAAGACGGAGUGUGCCCUGCUGGGCUUCGUGCUGGACCUGAAGCAGGAUUACCAGGCCGUGCGCAACGAGGUGCCCGAGGAGAAGCUCUACAAGGUCUACACCUUCAACUCGGUGCGCAAGUCCAUGAGCACGGUGCUGAAGAACAGCAACGGCGGCUUCCGCAUGUACAGCAGGGCGCCCUCCGACAUCAUCCUCCGCAAGUGCACCAAGAUCCUGGACAAGAACGGCGACCCCCGGGUGUUCAAGGUGAAGGACCGGGACGAGAUGGUGAAGAAGGUGAUAGAGCCCAUGGCCUGCCACGGGCUGAGGACCAUCUGCCUGGCCUUCCGGGACUUCCCCGGGGACGCUGAGCCCGACUGGGACAGCGAGAACGAGAUCCUGUCUGACCUGACCUGCAUCGCCGUGGUGGGCAUCGAGGACCCUGUGCGGCCAGAGGUGCCAGAUGCCAUCCAGAAGUGCCAGCGUGCGGGGAUCACCGUCCGGAUGGUGACAGGGGACAACAUCAACACUGCCCGUGCCAUCGCCACCAAGUGUGGCAUCCUGCUGCCAGGGGAGGACUUCCUGUGCCUGGAGGGGAAGGAGUUCAACCGGCUCAUCCGCAACGAGAAGGGAGAGGUGGAACAGGAGCAGCUGGACAAGAUCUGGCCCAAGCUGCGGGUGCUCGCCCGCUCCUCCCCCACUGACAAGCACACUCUGGUGAAAGGAAUUAUCGACAGCACCGUUGGUGACCAGAGGCAGGUGGUGGCCGUGACCGGGGACGGGACCAACGAUGGCCCAGCCUUGAAGAAAGCAGAUGUUGGCUUUGCCAUGGGCAUCGCGGGCACGGACGUGGCCAAGGAGGCCUCGGACAUCAUCCUCACCGACGACAACUUCACCAGCAUCGUCAAGGCCGUCAUGUGGGGCCGCAACGUCUACGACAGCAUCUCCAAGUUCCUGCAGUUCCAGCUGACUGUGAACGUCGUGGCCGUCAUCGUGGCCUUCACGGGCGCCUGCAUCACCCAGGACUCCCCCUUGAAGGCUGUGCAGAUGCUGUGGGUGAACCUGAUCAUGGACACCUUUGCCUCCUUGGCCCUGGCCACGGAGCCCCCCUCUGAGUCCCUGCUGCUGCGCAAGCCCUACGGCCGCAACAAGCCGCUCAUCUCCCGCACCAUGAUGAAGAACAUCCUGGGCCACGCCGUGUACCAGCUCACCAUCAUCUUCACACUGCUCUUUGCAGGGGAGAAGUUCUUUGACAUCGACAGCGGCCGGAACGCGCCGCUGCACUCGCCGCCCACCGAGCACUACACCAUCGUCUUCAACACCUUCGUCAUGAUGCAGCUCUUCAACGAGAUCAACGCCCGCAAGAUCCACGGCGAGAGGAACGUCUUCGAGUCCAUCUACCGCAACCCCAUCUUCUGCACCGUGGUGCUGGGCACCUUUGCAGCCCAGAUUGUCAUCGUGGAGUUUGGUGGGAAGCCUUUCAGCUGCUCUGGACUCACCCUGAGCCAGUGGUUCUGGUGUAUUUUUAUCGGAGUUGGGGAGCUCCUGUGGGGCCAGCUGAUCUGCACUGUCCCAACCAGCCACCUGAAGUUCCUGAAGGAAGCUGGGCACGGCAUCACCAAGGAGGAGAUCCCAGAGGAGGAGCUGCCUGAGGACGUGGACGAGAUCGACCACGCCGAGAUGGAGCUGCGGCGUGGGCAGAUCCUGUGGUUCAGGGGUCUCAACAGGAUACAGACACAGAUGGACGUAGUUUACACAUUCCAGACCGGCGCCUCCUCUUUGCAGGGAGCCCUCAGGAGACAGCCUUCCAUCGUGAGCCAGCACCACGAUAUCAAGGUGGUGAAUGCGUUCCGUAGCUCCCUGUACGAAGGCCUCGAGAAACCCGAAUCCAGAAGCUCCAUCCAUAACUUCAUGACUCACCCAGAGUUCAUCCUGGAGGAAGACGAGCCUCGAACACCAUUCCUUGACGGCGCUGAAGACGACCCCGAGACUGACGGGCUCCCGACGCGCGGCGGGGGCAGCCCGGGCGGGCCUCCAGCCCUGAACAGAAAUAACAAUGCAGUGGACAGCGAUCGAGCUGAGCUCUCCGUCCCGGAGCCCGAGAGCCCCUUCCACAGCCUGGAGACAUCGGUUUGACCUUAGAACUUGGGAACCCCCCUCCCCUCCUCCUCCUCCUCCUCCACCUCGGCCCCUCGCCCGGUGUGACGUCGGCACCAGUAACUGCUCACACCUCGUGUCAAACUGCUCAUACGUAUAUCAUUGGGGUGGGUUUUUUUCUGGGGGGGGGGGUUAUUUGUUUUCCUUCGUUUCGUUUUGUUGUUUUUGGGGUUUUUUGUGUUGUUUUUUUUUUUUUUUUACCAUGAUUUAGCAGUGGGAACCAGAGUGCCACGAUGCUGGGCGUUGGGGAGAGAGGCGAAGCCAAAAAAAUUGUGCCAUCUCCAUCCCUCGUUUUCAGUGGUACUCGCCGGGGUGAAGCAGCCAGGUUCUUUCCUCUCCAAGAGUUGGGCUCCAGGCGUGUCUGUCUGUCUGUUGGGGGUUUUCACUUUGCAAAAUGCAUGAUCAAAGGAAAUUCGAGUUGGUGUAGUCUUACGUGCCCACCCUCAGCCCGAGGGCUGGGCUGCACUUGUGACUUUUAUUUUAUUUCUUUUUUUUUUUUCCACUUGUGGUUUUUUGGGGUUUUCUUCUAACGUUGGGGUUUGUUCUUUGCUCGUGGGAUUUGCCCCCAGGAACUCUGCAGUGGGAAGUGGGGGCAGUCAGCACUCCAGUGCAAAAACUAAGAAAUAAACAACAAAACCCAGCCAGGGGAAGGUGUUUACUUGCAGGUUGAGGGAUACAGGGAUGUGCACCAGUCUUCCACCUUGAAAAAUGGUACCUGACCUUUCCAGCUCCUCUUCUGAGUGUCCACACACACUUUUCUCUCUCUGUUUCCAAAUUGGUAGAUGAGGAACGAAGGUGACUUGGCUGUAACUUUGCUGGAUGGAAAAGAUUCUGAUUUUUCUACAAAGGUGGAGGUGAACUGGCAGUGAAAAGGUGGUGGGGAAAAAAAAAAAAGCCACUGUUGUGAGAAAUGUGGCUCCUUCCUGGGGAAUCUUAAGAGAGGCCUCUCUGCUGCUCUUGAUCAGGUGUGAAGCUCUUGGUGAGAGCUUUGCCAGGGUUUUACGGCUCCUGCCUUUGAGAGCAGAGGGAUUUCUGCCCAUUCUGGCUUUUCUGUGCUGUUGGAUUAAAUAAUCCUUCAGCCUUGGAGUAGCAGCACCAGUGAACUGCUGAGGAACCUCAGAGCUGUGCCCACCAAAAGCUUUACCAGGCUGAACAGAGAACAGGCAUCGGGGCACUGAGGGCACAGUGGGCCAACCCCCAGGUCAUGGAAGGGAUGAAUUAGGUUGUCUCGUUAUCCCAUGGAAGGGGGGGAGGCUCCAUGGCCAGUGGAGGACCCUUGGCUUCCUGGAGCUGCUUUGCCAGAGGAGGUGGCAGUUGCUUGGUUGGCUGCAGAUCUUCCAGAGAAGGUGCUGCUGAAGGCUCAGCCUCACUUGCUGCUUUUUUGGAGGUCAUCUCUUCACCCUGUGUCCUGCCUCACCUCCACCUCUUGGAAACUUUUAGGGAGAGUCCUGUUUUUUGGAGCAGAGGCCCCAGUUGGCUCCGAACUGCCCCUCUGGUGAUCCAUGGCCCCGAGCAGGAGGCAGGAUUUGCUUUGCUUGAGUCCCUUCCCCAGGGUUGUGGCCCUGGGCAGGCAGGGCCAGAGGAAGCUCUGCUGCCUUCCUUCCCUCCUCCAUCCCAGAGGAAGCUCUGCUGCCUUCCUUCCCUCCUUCAUCCUGUUUGGCCCUGUUGGAAGCAGAGAGAACCUGGUUGUAACUGGCUGUACAAUGUUGUCUUAGCCCAGCUCCACCCCUGGGAGCAGCGGGGUUUUAGGGGCAGGGUGGGCUGGGCUGGUUUCUUCUUUCCUUUCCUUUCAGAACGCACAGCAGAAUCUCCCGUGCCUUCUCCGAGCACUGCCUGCAGCACCUCCUGCCACGCCAGGGCCCAGUACUUUGCCAAGAAAUAAGUGUUCCUUAAACCACAACACAAACCAAGUGUCUUUGUUUUGUUUCCAGCCCAGCCCCGACCCCGUCCCUUCCUGGGGGUGGGAGGAGGGGAGGAUGAGCCGCCCCAUCCCUGCCCCAGGCAGCUGAGGAAAGGUCCUUCUCCCACCCCCGUGCCUGGGUGCUGGCGAGGGGUGAAGGUUGGGCUCUACACUGCCAACAGCCAGAAGAAAUUGCCACCACUGCCCAUCCCAAAUUCAGUGUCAGCCCUCUCCCUGCCCAUCGCUGCCCUCCCCUCCCCAAAACCCACCGUGGGCAGGACCUUUGUGGGGGGGAGUGCGGGCGGUUCUUGGGUUAAACACGAGUUGGUGACAGG